AUGGGUACGAAUUUAUCAUCACCAAGUAAAAAAUACGCAGAUAGAAGACAUGAAUUAGCCCAUCUCCAAAACGAAGGAUUUAUGCUAACGGGUUCAGGUUCAGGUCCAAGUCUUCAUCUUGUAGCGGUGGAUGCAGGGGUGGCUGAGCAGUGGUGGUCCAGGUUGAGUUCGUCAGUUCAAAGAGAGGGGAUAAUCAAAUUCCUGGAGAUCGAUCUCCUUUUUCUGAGUGAAGACCUGGUGGAGGAUAGAUAUAAGAGAAAACCUGGUGGAGAAGGAGUCCCCUCCUUACAUGUAAUCUGCUGGCGACAAGGAAGAACAACCAAGGAGACCGCCGGAGCACCUCCCCCCCCCCCCCCCAAGCUGUGGCAGACAAGAGAAGCGUCGCUGCUUUUCCCUUCUCCUUUUGUCAAAUCGAUCCCGCACCAGAGGUGCUUCCCCUUUCUCGAUUGA